ACAACAAUCAUUUAUAAUGUCAGUAAAAUGCCAAAAUAAUCACGGGAGCUUUAACAAAGUUUCCCCAAUCAAACCGUCUGAAUCCAAACAAAAAUUCAGUACUCUUUACCUUUAUCCGUUCGAUUCAUUUAGUAUAUAUAGUUACAUAUAAACCCCUAAAUCAUCGUCAUCUGCUGAGAAAUACUGACAAAGGAUAAUCGACGACCAUGAAUCUGAAACUGUUCUUAUUGACGGCGGCAGUAUUGGUGGCAGCGAGUUGUGCCACGUCUGAUUACGUCCGGCCGCCGCCUCGCAAAGCUAUUCAUUUUCCUUGGGACGCCAAGGCUUCUCCCGAUCCUACACAGGUUCACAUCUCCUUAGCUGGACCCAAGCACAUGCGAAUCACAUGGGUUACAACCGAUAAGCAUUCACCUUCCACGGUCGAAUACGGAACAUCGUCCAACAACUACACUUCAAAAGCAGAAGGAGAAACCACCAGUUACACUUACUUACUGUACUCCUCUGGAAAAAUACACCAUACAGUCAUCGGUCCGCUCGAAGACAACACCAUCUACUUCUACAGGUGCGGGGGCCAAGGCCCCCAGUUCCAGCUCAAGACCCCUCCAUCUCAAUUCCCAAUUACUUUCGCGGUGGCGGGCGAUUUAGGGCAAACAGAGUGGACCAAGUCAACCCUUGACCACAUUGACCAGUGCAAGUACGAUGUCCAUUUGCUGCCGGGUGAUCUUUCGUACGCAGAUUACAUGCAGAAAAAGUGGGACACGUUUGGUGAGCUUGUGCAGCCUCUUGCUAGUGCGAGGCCUUGGAUGGUGACUCAGGGGAACCACGAGAAGGAGAAUAUUCCCUUGUUGAAGGAUAGUUUUGUAGCCUACAAUUCGAGAUGGAAGAUGCCUUACGAAGAGAGCAACUCUGUUUCGAAUUUGUAUUACUCGUUUGAUGUUGCGGGCGUUCAUACUGUCAUGCUCGGUUCGUAUACGGAUUACGACCAGUCUUCUGAUCAAUAUAGGUGGCUGAAGGCUGAUCUGUCGAAGGUGGACCGUGAAAGGACACCCUGGAUUCUCGUAUUGUUCCAUGUGCCGUGGUACAAUACUAACGAAGCCCAUCAAGGUGAAGGUGAUGAGAUGAUGUCAGCAAUGGAACCCUUGCUCUAUGCUGCUGGUGUUGAUGUAGUGUUUGCUGGCCACGUGCAUGCAUACGAACGCUCGAAGCGCGUCUUUAAUGGUAAGUCGGAUCCUUGUGGAGCUGUUCAUAUCACAAUCGGAGAUGGUGGAAAUAGAGAAGGUUUAGCGCACUGGUAUAAGAAGCCGCAUCCUGAUUGGUCGGUUUUUAGGGAGGCAAGUUUUGGGCAUGGAGAGCUCAAUAUAGUGAAUUCGAGUCAUGCGUUCUGGAGCUGGCACAGAAACGAUGAUGAUGAACCGGUGAAGUCCGAUCAAGUCUGGAUAACUUCUCUGUCUGGUUCUGGUUGUUUAGCCAAAAAGGAUUAUGAACUCAGAAAAAUGCUUUUGGAACCGUAAAAAUCUAAUGUUGGAUUUCGUUUCGAGCUUCUCCAUAUUAAUAUAUGUAUAUGUAUGUCAUACUCGAGUUUACGGUCUCAGCAGUGUUAAAACGAGUAUCACGCAUAUUGAUAUAUGUUAUUACGAAUUCUUACAUAUCGAAUGGUGCAAAUUCCAAUUAUUAUUAUUUUCUUGGUUUUAA